UUGGCUGCCUUGGUUGGACACACAUUUGCUGAGCCGGAAGCUUUGGUAGAGGGGAGGAGUCAAGCUCCUCCAAAGCAAGCUUUUGAAAGCCGUCUGGCACGGUACUCGGCCGUCUCCAUGCAGCCGGACUACGAGGACGCCGUGUCCUUCCUGGGCUCUUGGGGUCCCUUCCAGAGGCGAGUGGUCUGGCAGCUGUGCCUGGCCGCCCUCCCCUCGGGCUACAACCUGCUGUCCAGCCUCUACCUGCUGGCCACGCCGCCGCACGUCUGCCGGAUCCCCGACAACAGCCUCGGCCCCGAAUGGACGCAGGUCGCCGUCCCUCUGCAGCUGGUCUCCGGACGCUUGGAGCGGAGCAGCUGCAGUCGCUUUCAGCUGAGCCUCAUUCAGAACCUCAGCGCCUCCGGUCUCAGUUCCCAUGCGCCGCUGUCCAGCCUGCCGCAGGAAGGCUGUAAGGACGGCUGGACCUUCAGCACGGAGCACUACCAGUCCACCGUGGUCACGGAGUUUGCUCUGGUGUGCGAUGAGCAGUGGAAAGCGCCUCUGAGCACUCUGGCCUACUUCCUGGGCGGACUGUGCGGAUGCUUCAUCUCGGGCCAGCUCUCCGACAGGUUUGGCAGGAAACCCGUUCUGCUGGCUUGCGUGGCCCUGAUGAGCGUCUUCAGCAGCGUCCUGGCCGCGGCGCCGUCCUGGGAGCUCUUCACCCUGCUCUUCUUCGCUAUGGGCCUCGGGCAAAUUGGUUGCUUCGUGGUGGUCUUUGUUCUGGGCUCUGAGAUUCUGACAGGUCCGACCAGAGUCCUCUUCUCCAAUCUGUGUUUGCCCUUGGCUUACGCGUUGGGCAUGCUGCUUUUGCCCGGGACUGCCUACCUGGUCCGGAGCUGGCGUCUCCUAGCACUGAUCCUGGCGCUCCCUGGUCUGGCCUGCGUUCCGCUCUGGUGGCUCCUUCCAGAGUCUCCUCGCUGGCUGGUGUCUCGUGGACGUGUGAGACAAGCCCAAGUGGUGCUAAGUGCAGCCGCUUUGGAGAAUGGCGUGGAAGCGCCGGAGGUCAUCUUCAAAAGCACCACGGUGGCGAAUCAGGCAAUGGACCGGCCGGACUCGAUGAAUUUCGUGGACCUCUUGCGUACCCGGAACGUUCGUCACAUGUCGCUAAUCCUGUGGAUGGUGUGGUUCUCCUUGAACGUCAGCUACUUUGGCAUGUCCUUCAACGUGUCUUCUCUGUCCGGCAACCCUUUUGUGAACUACUUCCUGCUGGCGGCCAUGGAAGUUCCGGCGUACGCAGCGAGCUGGCUGGCGUCUCGUCGUCUUCCGCGCCAGCUGUCCUUUGUGGCCUUCUCGCUGCUGGGGGCGCUGGCGCUGCUCCUGGUGCAGGUCACCUUGCACGCUCAUGGGGUCCUGACCCUGUUGCUGGCCCUGCUGGGCAAGUUUGGCAUUCUGGCCGGCCUGAGCGUUUUGUACACGUACAGCGGAGAACUGUACCCCACGGUCGUCCGGAACACAGCCUUGUCCUCCUGCGCCACCUUCUCACGACUCGGAUCGGCGGUGUCGCCCUACAUCCUCCAACUGGGAGUGUGGUAUGAGUUGUUGCCGUGGAUUCUGGUGGGUUCCUUGUCUGUGUUUGGUGUUGUGCUCAGUGUCUUUCUGCCUGAGACCUUCACACAGCCACUGCCCGACACCAUUCAGCAGAUGGCCACCAUGCGCAAAUGGCCAUGCUCAUCCUGUGCUGCAAAGCAUGAUGGGAGACCCUCUGAAGACAAUCCUGGACCAGAGGUCGUCUGGACCACUCACUUUUAAUACGCGCGCACAUGCGCCCACGCUAGAAGAUCUUUAGUCCUCAGCUUGAUAUUUCCGUUUUCUCCGUUUGUCCACGAGAUAGAGACAAAAGAAACCUCCAGACCAUGACGCAUUCACGGACACAAAAAAGAUUCAUGGAAAAGAAAAGACAAAAACAAACUAGUGAGUUGAUUUGCGAUGAACGUUCAUCCCUUUGUGAUCCACUUGUCUUGUCACCAUAAUAACAUUUCUGAUGUCGAAUGAGGAAUGGUGCAUUUGAAUUGGGGAGACUUGACGUUAUGAAAAAUGUCAACGCACUUCACUGUAAUACGUAUGUAGAGAACAAUCGAAAUAAAUUGUAGUUGUUUUCCAUGGACGCGAAUCAACGCCAAAAGA